UUGAAUGCUCUCUCGACUCAAUUACUAACGUCCCGCGAUAUAUUCUCACGGUGAUGCACUGACAGGAUUGCGUGCGUGUUUGAGCGUUUAUUUCGACUGUGGAAGGAGAGUGCAAAUAUUUGGCGAAAUAACUGAACAUUAAAUAAAACUAAGUUAAUAAUUGAAGACUUUUUGUAACACUACAUAUCAGGCACGUAAACUCAGCUUGCACUAACGGUAGGAAAACAAUGAAGUUGCCGGAUAACGCACUUGCACUGUUGACCUGAAGACCGUCUAUAACCUCAACUAUUUGACACGCGUAUGUGAUGGAAGAAGUAUUUAGUCUUGUUUUACACUAACACAUUUCUAUCUCCUGACUAAGCUAUGCGUGCGUUUACCAAUUUUGUUGACUUGAGCUGAGAAGAUUUGCAUCGGAGAUUUACCUUGACACACAAUCUUCAUCAUGAUGAAUCGGGCUUUCUGGGAUGCAAUCUUUCUUAUUACCGGGUCCCUCUUUACCUAUGGAACGGGGCAUGAUAAUUCUACAGUUUCUACUAAUUCUACUAUGACAACCACGUCUCCUGUGACUACUACCAUUACCACUAUGCAUGUUACUACCUCUUCUACUACCACUGCAAGUACUUCAACUGCCUCUAAAACCACCAUUCCAAUUAAAAAGUUUGUGGCGGCAGCUGUUCGAUCACACUUCGAUGACUGUCCGGACUCCCACAACCACUUUUGUUUCCAUGGAACCUGUCGUUUCCUUAUUCUGGAGGAGACGCCUGCUUGUGUGUGUCACCAAGGUUUUGUAGGAAUGCGUUGUGAGCAUGCUGAUCUGCUAGCCGUGGUGGCUACUAAUCACAGGAAACAGACAGUCGCCACCGUGCUAGUUCUGUGCGUGAUUGGCUGUGUCUUGACAAUGCUGCUCUGCACACUUUUACAUUGCCUGUGGAGUCGGGACGGUUUUGUGCGGAGGCACGGACUUCACUGUGCCCCAGACAAAAAAGGCAGUAUGAUGUGCCAAGGAGCCUACUGUCACUCUGUCACUGCAGUGUCAUUCUAUGGGUCUAUUCGAUGGUUAUGCAAAACCAGAAACAAUAUUUCCCUAACGUCCGCACCCUCAUAUCACGUCCGUUAUUCACAAGUUGUUUGAAAGGAAAAACUCCAGCUGGGAAUGCCAGGGAUUUUUCAAAUGGACUGCCUUCUGUCCAUUCAACACUAUAGCCUUCUGGGAGUCACCGUGGAUUUUACCCAAGGUGGGCAUUAGACAGCUGUCUAAUAACAUCCUCAUAAGACCAAGAUGGCAACGGAGGAGAGACCACUUGGAUCUCUUACUAGAUCAAAGGAGGACCAUUUUAUUUGAGAGUUUAAUUUCAUAUUUAAUGGCAUAUUUUCCGCUGACUGGGAUUUCCAGAACCUCUGCCUACUUGGAAUGUUUGGAACGCGCUACUCUUAGAACGCAUGGAGAAAAAAGAUGGAACUGAUGACUGUCAGGGCAACUUGGUCACUGUAAAAAUAAUGAAGCCGAUGACAUGUCCAGGGACAUAGCACAUGCUGGACAAAAGAGGCAAAUAUUUUGGACAACUUUGCAUCCUGUGGGAAGGUUGCAGUAGUAAAGCAACCAUUUGUUUCUUAUUCUCCCUUUUUUGUCUUUUAAAAGGCUAAACACAAUAUUAAUUUCUAUUCAUCUUACUUAAAAUGCACAGAGAUUUUUAAGGUGGAGCUAGAGUUUUAGUUUCCGUUUUUAAGCAAUGAUUUUCGUACACCUUAACUGACAAAAAUGGGAGAUUCACAUGCUACUGGGACUAACUUUUCAACCCUAGCUUGGAUUGAGGACUUAAGGUGGGACUUGGAUGUAUACAUGGAACAGAUUGUUUAGAUUGUUUAAAUACUUGUAAUAUAGUAGAUUUAGAGAGAUUUACAGACUCCAAAACGUUGCCAACCUGUAGUGUUAAUUAAAUCUGGCUUUCUACCACUAUGGCAUCAUUCCUGAUAUGCCAGCAUUUCUGUGUGCAACUCUGAUAUGGUUAUUGUUGUUUUUGGUUAGUGAUGGCCAUUCGAGGCUUCCAUUACUCUUUUUCUAGCAGCAGGAUAUUAUGCUUGA